AUGUUAGUUAAACAUCUAGGCAGUUGCCACUGUGGCGCAAUUAAGUUUGAAGUCGAAGCACCUGCUGAUAUACGCGUAUUUCGAUGUAAUUGUUCCAUUUGUCGUAAGAAACAAAAUAAUCAUUUUAUUAUUCCAAAACGGCAAUUCAAAUUGUUAACCGGUGCGGAUCAUCUAACAACGUACACGUUCAAUACGCAUAAAGCUCAACACAUGUUUUGUCGAGUAUGUGGUGUCCAAAGUUUCUAUCAACCUCGAAGUAACCCCGAUUGUUAUGGUGUUAUGCCACAUUGUAUUGAUAAUAUGACCAUUUCAGGAACGGAUAGUAUCGUGAGAGGUGAGAUGCCUCAGAAGCCUCAACGAGUGCAAUCGGAAGGCGCCAAAGUUCAGCGAGGAUUCACUGUUGCAUCUGCUGGCGUUGCAUCGAUUCCAUCACGUUAUCUAACAAUUGUUAGUAAAAAUAAUGAGAGAAAAGGCUUUUACCAGACUGCUAAGCGUUUUCAAUACGAAACAAGUUUCACACCGGGUCCCGGACAAUAUCAAACUGUACAGGCGAUUGAUAAACAAUUGGAGAAAACGUCCGAUUCAAAAAAAGGCUCCGGCGGUUUCGCUUCGAAAAGUAGACGAGAGGGUUUUACAAAUGGUGCUGCAAGUGCUCCGGCGCCUACAACCUAUAAUAUUUCUUCCAAAUUUGGCAAUAAUUACCAUGAUUUCAACCGAGCAAAAUAUUCCAGUAUGUUUCAAAAGCCCAUUGCCGAACGGCCACUCUCAUCAAAAACAUCACUUCCUGCGCCGAAUCAAUAUGAUGUUACACGAGGUUUAAAGCGAACGGGAAAAGCAAAUAACGUUGCAGCGAGAGCAGCUUUCCUUUCACAUACGAGACGAUCCGCCCAAACAAACAACCACUUUAUUUCACCAGCUCCUGAUGCAUACAAUGUCGACGACACAGCUACACGAACAUUACGACCUAUUCAUCAAUCCAGCUUUAAAUCAACUUCAAAACGAGAUGCAUUCGGAUCUCAUUCCGGACCUGAAUUGCCAGGACCAGCUGAUUAUCGUCCGUUUCAGAAGCCGACUGAAGAACCAAACCGACAAAUCUUUCCACGUCAUCCAUAUUUAACCAUUUCGGCGCCAGCUAUUCCACCGGCACCUGAAGCACCAUUCCCUGGCCCGGGCGCUUAUGAAAUUUGUGGUUUUAAAGAAGUUGAAAAGAAAUAUAUGUCCUCAGCAGCCUUUGUCUCUAAUACCAGUCGAUGGGCGAUUGAUACUACUACAGCUGCUGAACAGCCUGGCCCAGCUUCAUACACACCGCGCACAACAGUAAAACAAUCCUUCAAUUUCAAUUUUGAGAAAAAAUGGAUCUGA